AUGAGAGAUGAAAUUGCCACAGCAGUUUUCUUUGUCACAAGACUGGUGAAAAAACAUGAAAAAUUGAGUAAACAGCAAAUGGAGGUUUUUGCAGAGAAGCUGAUGACAGUGUUGUUUGAAAAAUACAGAGGUCACUGGUAUCCUGGAUGCCCUUCUAAAGGGCAAGCGUUCAGUCUUCGGAUGUGUGGAUUUAUAGUUGAAAUCUUCAAACAGCCCUUCCAACCUUCAUUCUUCAUCCCCUAUAGAAAGAGAAUGGUGGGUGGCAGUUUGGGCCUCAUAGCCAAUGCUUAUCAUGCUGCCCAUAGGAACCCUAAGGGUUAUAGGCCUGCUGCGAUGCACAGGGUAGACAGGUACCACUGGGUCAACAGAAAUGAUAAUAAUAAUGCUGUGGUGGGACAUUCAGUGGGGCAGUCAGAGGAGAAGCCCUGUUUGCCCUAA